AUGGCGUUCACAUACAACCCGCUGGUCGAGAUGUGGACGCUCUAUGUCGUGGGGUCCAUGUUGAUAUUUAUAAGGGUAGCAACCAGGUGGCGAAUGGUUGGUCUUCAAGGAUUCAAGCCGGAUGACUAUCUGGUCUGGUUCUCAUGGAUUGUGUAUACCGUGAUGAGCAUUGCUGCGCAUAUUUGCGGUGUACACGCAGACCUCCACACACUGUCCCUAGAACAACGCAGGGUCAUGACCGAAGAGGAGGCUGCACCCUAUAUCUGGGUUACUCAAUGGUUCUGUGCUGGCGUCGCGACAUACAUCGUCUUUAUUUGGUCUCUCAAGUUCAACAUGCUCUUCUUCUAUCAGCGAGUCGUGGACGGACUUGCCGUCGACAAGUUCAUCAAGCCCGGCUUUGUCUUCGUUGGUUGCACCUUCAUCUCCAUCAUCUGCAUCUUGUUCGCAUCUUGUCGACCUUACCAUAGGAUGUGGAUGAUGUACCCAGACCAAGGAGCGAACUGCGAGCCGCAGGCCGAGAUUUACAUGUUGCCUGCAUUGAUCAUGAAUAUAUUUACUGAUCUAUGCAUUAUGGCUAUUCCAGCUCCAGCUAUUUUGACUGUGAGAACAACCAUCCAGCGCAAGAUAAGCCUUAUCAUCAUCUUCUCAGCCGGAAUCUUUGUGAUGAUUGCUGCUAUUCUCCGAGUAUCGAUGGUUUUGGUCGGGGGAGACGGCGGAACGGCGGCCAUCUGGUCGUGCCGGGAGGAUUUUGUUGCGAUCUGUGUCGGGCAGGCUCCAAUUCUGCGGCCUCUCCUCACCAAGCGUUUCUGGACAGGAGAAAUGUCUCACAAUUCGAAGAACAAGUCAACGAUCCCGAUCCAGAGCAACGACGCAUUCGAAAUGAGCGCCGCCCGGAAAGGUACAAUUAAUGGGUCGAGGAGCAAGAAGGGAAAUAGUGUGAAUAUCUUUUCCACACAGGGUAGGGAUAGCGACGAGGAGUCGACGGAUAGGAUUAUUAAUAAUGGUGGUAUAAUGGUAAAUACCUGGGUUGGUGUUGAGACUGAGACUCCGGUGAGUCGCCAGGGAGAGUCCAUUCACCACAGCUUGUCAUACCGGGACGGGCAGAAGUCCUAG